AUGGAGGACCAGCUGGAGGACUUCCUGAAGAACCAGAAAGCUCGUGUGGCUGAGGACAGGGCCAGUCUGCAGGAGCCACCCUACAUGGUCAUGAGCAGACCUCAGAGGAGCUGCACCUCCACAGUGAAGGAGAACAUCCCCCCACCUCCUGCAGCAGAAGAGGAGGGGGCGGGUCUCCCUCUGGGUCUGGACUACGAGAAGAAGAAGCAAAGACUUCAACGAGAAUUGCGCUUGGACUACAGGCACUACAUCACACAGAAAUCGCAGAGAGACCUGGAGCCUCUCUCACUUUGUAACCGCACAAGAGUUUUCAAGUCUGCGCUGGUGCCUCAGCGUCCUCCGUCCUGCAGAGACGUGUCCACUCUCACAGAGAACAGCAGGGGGCAGGAGAGAGCUGACCCUCAGGAAGGAGCAGAGGAGGACCAGGUGCACCAGCAGGGGAGGUGCUGGAACACCAGGAGCGACACCAGGAGCGACACCAGGAGGGAGGUGCUGUUUGGCCGUCGCUCUAAAGCAGCAGUGAGGAGGUCCCCAGAGGAGGUCUGCACGGGCCUCAUCAUCGGAGCCGCUCUCACGGAGGAGGUGCUGCAGAAGAAGAAGGAGCGAUACAGGAGAGACCUCCAGGAGCAGAUGGCGGAGAAGGACCGGAGCAAGAGGAGAGAGCGGGAGCUGCAGCUGCAGACACCAGAGGAGGAUCCACUCAGACCAGUGGGAAAUCAGCGACAUCAGCGUCAGCAGCGAUACAAAGACGUUGCCGUGGAGACAGACUUUCCUUUGGCUCCUGUGGACAAGGCUGUUCCUGCUCCUCAGCGCCCCCCUGUGGCCUUCCAGAGCCCUGUCCUGGACUACAGCUCUGCCCUGUACCAGGGGAACCAGAACCCAGCUCUGUACCCCUCAAACCCACCCAGGCAAGUCACACUCAGGUCCUGCUCCAGUGCACAGUGUCUCCCCCUGCUGACUCAGGUCCUGCUCCAGUGCACAGUGUCACCCCCUGCUGGUCAGACUCAGGUCCUGCUCCAGUGCACAGUGUCACCCCCUGCUGGUCAGACUCAAGUCCUGCUCCAGUGCACAGUGUCUCCCCCUGCUGGUCAGACUCAGGUCCUGCUCCAGUGUACAGUGUCUCCCCCUGCUGGUCAGACUCAGGUCCUGCUCCAGUGUACAGUGUCACCCCCUGCUGGUCAGACUCAGGUCCUGCUCCAGUGCACAGUGUCACCCCCUGCUGGUCAGACUCAGGUCCUGCUCCAGUGUACAGUGUCUCCCCCUGCUGGUCAGACUCAGGUCCUGCUCCAGUGCACAGUGUCUCCCCCUGCUGGUCAGACUCAGGUCCUGCUCCAGUGCACAGUGUCACCCCCUGCUGGUCAGACUCAGGUCCUGCUCCAGUGCACAGUGUCUCCCCCUGCUGGUCAGACUCAGGUCCUGCUCCAGUGCACAGUGUCUCCCCCUGCUGGUCAGACUCAGGUCCUGCUCCAGUGUACAGUGUCACCCCCUGCUGGUCAGACUCAGGUCCUGCUCCAGUGCACAGUGUCUCCCCCUGCUGGUCAGACUCAGGUCCUGCUCCAGUGCACAGUGUCACCCCCUGCUGGUCAGACUCAGGUCCUGCUCCAGUGCACAGUGUCACCCCCUGCUGGUCAGACUCAGGUCCUGCUCCAGUGCACAGUGUCACCCCCUGCUGGUCAGACUCAGGUCCUGCUCCAGUGUACAGUGUCACCCCCUGCUGGUCAGACUCAAGUCCUGCUCCAGUGCACAGUGUCUCCCCCUGCUGGUCAGACUCAGGUCCUGCUCCAGUGCACAGUGUCACCCCCUGCUGGUCAGACUCAAGUCCUGCUCCAGUGCACAGUGUCUCCCCCUGCUGGUCAGACUCAGGUCCUGCUCCAGUGCACAGUGUCUCCCCCUGCUGGUCAGACUCAGGUCCUGCUCCAGUGCACAGUGUCUCCCCCUGCUGGUCAGACUCAGGUCCUGCUCCAGUGUACAGUGUCUCCCCCUGCUGGUCAGACUCAGGUCCUGCUCCAGUGUACAGUGUCUCCCCCUGCUGGUCAGACUCAGGUCCUGCUCCAGUGUACAGUGUCUCCCCCUGCUGGUCAGACUCAGGUCCUGCUCCAGUGCACAGUGUCUCCCCCUGCUGGUCAGACUCAGGUCCUGCUCCAGUGUACAGUGUCACCCCCUGCUGGUCAGACUCAGGUCCUGCUCCAGUGUACAGUGUCACCCCCUGCUGGUCAGACUCAGGUCCUGCUCCAGUGCACAGUGUCUCCCCCUGCUGGUCAGACUCAGGUCCUGCUCCAGUGUACAGUGUCACCCCCUGCUGGUCAGACUCAGGUCCUGCUCCAGUGCACAGUGUCUCCCCCUGCUGGUCAGACUCAGGUCCUGCUCCAGUGCACAGUGUCUCCCCCUGCUGGUCAGACUCAGGUCCUGCUCCAGUGCACAGUGUCACCCCCUGCUGGUCAGACUCAGGUCCUGCUCCAGUGCACAGUGUCACCCCCUGCUGGUCAGACUCAGGUCCUGCUCCAGUGCACAGUGUCUCCCCCUGCUGGUCAGACUCAGGUCCUGCUCCAGUGCACAGUGUCUCCCCCUGCUGGUCAGACUCAGGUCCUGCUCCAGUGCACAGUGUCUCCCCCUGCUGGUCAGACUCAGGUCCUGCUCCAGAUCCAGCUGCUUCCUCCCUCUGUGCCUGAGGUCUACACCGGUCCUCCUCAUCAUCAUCACUACUACAGCAGGACCUUGCAUCCGCACACGCCCUACUACCCGGGACACCUGCCGUACUGGGAUCUGCCACCAGGGGGCGCCGCCUCCAGUCACUAUGGAGACCGUAGUCCUCAGAGCCACCGCAGCGAGAGCAGCUUCCCCCCGGUUCAUCCUGACCUGACCUCCUCUGAGCACCUCCUCCCCUUGGACAAGAGCAGAUUGGCUCGUGAGCGUGUGCAGAGCUACAGAGACGCCCUCCAGAAGCAGAUCCAGGAGCAGCAGGAGCGCCGGCGGCAGGAGCAGGAGGAGGCGCAGAGGUAUGAGGCUCAGCUGGAGGAGGAGAUGAGGAGGCACCAGCCCUGGGGCCGAGGAGGAGGAGGUGCCCCACUGAAGGACAGCACAGGCAACGUCAUCGCCGACCUGAAGCGUCUGUGUCGUCUGAGCGAGGAUAUGCGCAGUCCUCCAAACCUGAAGGGGGCGCUGAGACGGGAGUCAGACCCCUGUGAGAGGGUCAACGCUGAGAAAAGCUGA